AAAGUGUCGCAAGACGCGAGCGCAUCAUUACGCUUGCAACAGUAGGAUUUUUUACGUUUCAAUAUUAUUUUUUUAGCGUUAUUAAUGUAAAAUGGUGACUGCAAAAAAUAUGUCAAGUAACAAAAAUGAAAAACAUGAAAAUGAAACCAAGAAAUCGAAAAAGAAAUCACCUCCCGGUCUAAUUUCUCGAUUACUAUAUAUUUGGAUGUUUCCGCUUUUUUACAACGGAAACAGACGUGAUUUGGAAGAUGAAGAUUUAGUUCCAACGAAAAAAAUAUAUAACUCAAAAAUUGUAGGGGAUUAUUUAGAAAGAAAUUGGCUUCAAGCAGAAGCGAUAGCGAAGGCUUCGGGAAGGCAGGCUUCGUUUUCAAAAGUUAUCUUCAAAACUUUUAUAUGGUCAUUCAUUCCUGGUGGUAUAAUGCAAUUAAUUUGCAUCGCCAUAAGAACGGGGGCACCAUUAUUGUUUGCAAAAUUAUUAGAAUACUGGUCUGUGAAUUCUACUAUGAGUCAAGAAGAAGCCUCGUACUAUGCAGCAGGUCUAGUGUUGGCCAAUUUGGUGGCAGCCUUCUUCAACCAUCAAGGAAAUUAUUACUGUCAACAAUUUGGUAUGAAACUGAGAAUCGCUACUAGUACUUUGAUGUUUAGAAAGAUAAUGCGAAUGAACAACGGGUCGCUUGGUGAAACGACAGCUGGAAAAGUUGUCAACCUGUUAUCGAAUGACCUGCAAAGGUUUGACCUGGCAUUUCUCUUUCUGCACUACGUAUGGAUCAUUCCUCUGCAACUCGCUGCGGUGUGCUACUUGGGUUAUGUUCAGGCGGGAUAUGCAGCGCUCAUCGGUUUGGCCGCGUUGAUUAUCAUCGCUUUGCCGAUUCAAGGCGUUCUCGGUCAGAUACUUGGAAAAGUAAGGUUCCGCACCGCUGAAAAGACUGACGAGCGUAUAAAAGUUAUGAGUGAAGUCAUUAACGGGAUACAGGUGAUUAAAAUGUACGCAUGGGAAAUUCCAUUCCAAAAAGUUGUUGGACAGAAACGUAAAGAAGAAUUAAAAGAAGUGAAAACAGCUACAAUCCUAAGGACUAUCUUUAUUGGGUUCAUGAUAUUUACUGAAAGAUCGGCCAUGUUCAUCACUAUUAUCACUUUCGUGUUAUUUGGCAACGUGAUAUCGGCGAACGUAAUUUACCCUCUGCAGCAGUUCAUCGGGGCAGCUCAAGUCAAUGUAACAUUAAUUCUGCCAUUAGUGUUGUCCUUCACGGCGGAACUUUUCGUGUCUUUACGAAGAGUACAGGAGUUCUUAGUUCUUGAGGACAGACCUGACUUAGUAGCGACUAUCGGGAUACCACAAUCGAAGUUAUUCCGAAAUAUCGGGGGAAGCCUUAAAGAUUCCAAGAAUUCUACAAUCCAGCCCAUCGCAUUUCAUAAUAACACAUCUGAAAUUUCGAUCACUAAUAGCGUCACUAAUGGCAUUGCUAAUGGUUCCAUUAGGAGAAAGUUCCGCCGAAGUCUUUCAACAUCCAAUGACACAGUAGUAGAGGUUCAUGACGUAUCGGCGAGCUGGACCGGCGACCCUAACUUCUUGGCACUGAAGAACAUAUCUUUACGCAUUCGUAAAGGAAAACUGUGCGCUAUAAUUGGCGCUGUAGGUUCUGGCAAGUCCUCAGUUCUGCAACUGAUUCUAAAAGAACUACCAGCAGCAACCGGAAGCGUAUCUAUCUAUGGAGACAUUUCAUACGCGAGCCAAGAAGCGUGGCUCUUCCCUAGCACAGUGAGAGAGAAUAUUCUAUUUGGUCUUCCUUAUGACCCUGUCAAAUAUAAAAAGGUAUGUUCGGUAUGCACUUUGGAGAAGGACUUCAAGCAGUUCCCGUACGGCGAUCAGACACUAGUGGGGGAGAGGGGAGUUUCGCUAUCGGGAGGGCAGCGGGCGAGAAUCAAUUUGGCACGAGCUGUCUACAGAGAAGCAGAUAUUUACCUAUUGGAUGACCCACUCUCUGCGGUAGAUGCGAAUGUUGGCCGUCUACUGUUUGAAGGCUGUAUUAAUGGAUAUCUGAAAGGACGUACGCGUAUAUUGGUUACGCAUCAAAUACAUUUCCUUAAGGCAGCAGAUACCAUUAUAGUCCUAAAUGAGGGAGGCAUUGAAAACAUGGGAACUUUCGACGAACUUGUUUCUUCUGGCAAAGAGUUUGCUCAGAUGUUGGUAUCGUUGCAAGAAGGCAAAGACAAAGAUACUGACAGUAUUAAUUCCAGUAAAUCAGAGGAAAAACCAGCGUUGCUCAGAGCAAUUUCGAGUAAUGAAUCUGAGAACGUAGAUGAAAUGUUUGAAGAGCAAAAGAUGGCAGCUGAAGAAAGGCAAUCAGGAACCUUACGAUGGGAAGUUAUUUACUCAUACUUUAAAGCGGGCGGUGGAAUUUGUUUCAUCCUAUUUAACGUUUUGAUGAUCUUUAUAACGACAGGAAGUGCAGCUGCUGCCGAUUAUUGGAUCAGUUACUGGUCAAACCAAAUGGUGAUUUAUGAAGAAGAAGUUGGCGAAGAGGGAAUGGAUCCCGGACUAGACGUUCAAAUUGGACUCUUUACUACCGGCCAGUACCUCCUUAUACAUGGAAGCCUCGUGAUUGUCUGUAUCCUUCUUACGCAUUUGCGUGUUAUCCCCUUCGCAAAACUCUGUGUUGAUGCCUCCCAAAAUCUGCACGAUAAUAUGUUCUCGACUAUGAUCAAGGGUAUCAUGAGAUUCUUCGACACCAGUUCUUCAGGUCGAAUUCUCAAUCGUUUCACAAAGGACAUGGGAGCAUUGGACGAGAUUUUACCUAGAUCCUUGCUAGAUGUAGUUCAAAUUUACAGUACCUUAAUAUUCAUACUCGUCCUCAAUGCUGUAGCCUUAUAUUGGACACUAAUACCCUCAUUCAUCCUAAUGAUUAUAUUUUUUUUCACCGUUAAACUGUAUUUGAAAACUGCUCAGGGCAUCAAAAGACUGGAAGGAACAACUAAAAGUCCUGUUUUUGGAAUGGUGACAUCUUCACUUAAUGGAAUAGCGACAAUACGCUGUUCUGGAGCACAAAAUAGACUUGUCGAUCAAUUUGAUGAUUACCAGGAUCUUCAUUCAGCUGCUUGGAAUUGUUUUCUUGGUGGUGGAUGUACUUUUGGAUUUUACUUGGACGCCUUAUGCCAAGUUUAUCUUACAAUCAUUAUCUUUGUCUUUUUGUAUAUUGACUUUGGUAGCGUCAUUGCCGUUGGUAGCGUGGGUCUCGCUGUUUCACAGACCAACAUGUUGACGUCGAUGUUGCAACAUGGUGCCCGCAUGCUGGUAGAAUUUCUUGCACAACUUACUAGCGUAGAGCGUGUUCUAGAAUAUACUCGUAUCGAAACCGAAAAUAACCUCUUUGAUGGACAAAUAGCAUUACCCCCUACAUGGCCUUCAGAAGGAACAGUUGUUUUCCAAGAUCUCUCUUUGAGGUAUGCUCCUGACGAGCCCCCAGUUUUGAAAAAUCUAAACUUGUCCAUUCAAAGUGGAUGGAAGGUCGGUAUUGUUGGCCGUACAGGCGCUGGUAAAUCAUCUUUGAUAUCUGCGAUAUUCCGCUUUGCUUUCAUUGAAGGAAAAAUUUCUAUCGAUGGAAUUGAUACAUCUCAAGUAUCCAAACAGGCUUUGAGAUCAAAAAUUUCAAUUAUUCCUCAAGAACCAGUUCUCUUCUCUGCGACUAUAAGAUACAAUCUCGACCCCUUCGAUAUCUACAGCGAUGACGAACUUUGGCGAGCCUUGGAACAGGUUGACUUGAAAUCAGCAGUUCCUUCUUUGGACUUUAAAGUAACCGAGGGAGGAACAAACUUCUCUGUUGGUCAAAGGCAGUUAAUGUGCUUAGCUCGAGCCGUUCUAAGGUCGAACAAAGUAUUGAUUAUGGACGAAGCCACCGCUAAUGUCGAUCCACAAACCGACAAUUUCAUUCAGCAGACGAUUCGUCGACAGUUUGCAUCUUGUACCGUUUUAACCAUUGCUCAUCGUCUUAACACAAUCAUGGAUUCGGACAGAGUAUUGGUAAUGAGCAGCGGACAAAUUGUCGAGUUCGAUCAUCCUUAUAUCCUUCUCAGCGAUCCCAAUAGCCACUUCUCUUCAAUGGUCAAAGAAACUGGAACAAAGAGCAGUGAAACACUAUUUGAAGUAGCUAAAGAAGCAUAUUUCCAAAGUAAUAUGGAGGAAAACAUGAGAUAAUAUUUUGAUAAAUGUUUUAAUACUAUAAGGGAAACAAGACUUUGUUACAUAAUUUGUUUGUAAAUAAAGAUUAUUGUGGUUUUCGUAAA